AUGGCGAAUUCACAGUCGAAUUCCAGAGUCUUCAGCGUCCGAAUCGUGUCAAUCGAUUACUAUAUGUCCUCGCCUCUCCCUGGAGUCGAUAUCUGCUACAGUAGCUUUCAAGGCGGGAAAGUGAACGAGGUUCCAGUUAUACGCGUUUAUGGCUCAACUCCAGCAGGACAGAAGACCUGCUUGCACAUUCAUGGCGCUUUUCCCUAUUUAUACGUCCCUUGUUCCGAUAUCCCACUUGAUCCACGGCUAGAAGGGGAUGCAUAUAUAAGCGCCAUAUCUCUUGCCUUUGAGAAGGCCUUGAAGCAUAAAGGUAAUGCGGGUUCGAAAAGGCAGCAUGUGCAUGGAUGCACUCUUGUGCGAGCAAAGCGGUUUUAUGGCUACCAUGCGUCCGAGGAGAUGUUUGUCAAGAUAUACCUCUACUACCCACAUGAUGUGACUCGUGCUGCUAGUCUUCUUCUGGGAGGAGCAAUUCUUGACAAAAGCUUGCAGCCUCAUGAGUCUCAUAUUCCUUUUAUUCUCCAGUUUCUGGUUGACUGUAAUUUAUAUGGAAUGGGGCAUGUGCAUGUAUCAAAAGUGAAGUUUCGUCAUCCGGUUCCAGAUGCUUUCAGUAAAAGAAAAUCUAAUCACAUUUCUCAAGCCAGCAUUGAGACGGAAGAAACUAUAACUGCAUUACGUGAUAGUCAGACAGACUUGAAAAAUAGUCAGCAUUUGGAUUCUCCAGUUUGGAUAUCGUCCACGAUCCCUGGUGAUUGGAUAUGGCAGCUUUCCAAUGAAUUUGGCACUCCAUCUGAUCUGUAUACUCACCAUGUCAAAAGACAAACUGUUUGUGCGCUGGAAGCAGAUACUAGUGUUGAUGAUAUUCUUAAUCAGCAAUUCAAGUUAUAUACAUCCUUAUCACAAUCAGGUUCAGAAGUGAAAAUGGUUCAGUCACUCAUACCUAUCUGGGAGGAAGAAUAUGAAAGAACUGGCACGGGUGAGGUAGCUAUGCCUCCUGAUCCUGGAAAACCACUUCCGAGAGAUGUUUUAAAUGCACUAUCACAUAAGCUUAACAAAAGAUUGGAGAAGUUGGCAUGUAAAGCUCAAGACAACAAAAUGUUGGUCAAGAAUACUGUGGAAGAUCUUCCUUUGGAGACAGUUUCUAUGAACGAAGAAAAAAUGGUUGAACUUGGUAACUCGGAUGGCCAUGAUACUGUGGAUGAUAAUUCCAAGCUUGGCAUUACCCAAGAAAGCGUCAAACUGUUAUCUCCGCAAGAUUCAAAGUGUCUAGAAGAACUCUGCCAAACACCCACAGAAAGAAAGUAUGGAUGCCGACCACUAUCAGCCAACAAUGAGCAAUCACUAGAAGUAAACUGCCUCGAACCUGGGGUUUCAGAUACAGAAGCUCUGGGCCUGCUGAAGUGGCUUGCCACAUCACAGGCUGCUGAAGAGAUAAACUCUGAUGAUGAACUUGUUCGUGAGACCAUUCUGAGUCCUCUUUUGCCUACAACAAACAUUGAUAAGGUGCUAGAAAGAGCGAGUACGGAUUAUGAGAGCGAGUCCCAGAGAGAGUGUCAGGAUAUUCUUGAUUCCAUUGAGGAUUUUGUUAAAUGUGAUGAGUCAAAGGUGAAACUUCCUUAUUCGUUGGAGCAUAACCGUUGCUCCUCAUCGGAAGAAAAGAUGUCCAAGGUUAAUGCUUUGCAUUCACCUGCUUCUGCACCAUCUAAACUGUCAUCUAAGACACAGAAAAGAGGAGCAUCUGAAACAUACUCCGGGCGCAAGGAAUUGCAGAUUAGCCACUCCAGUUUGACGAAUAAAAGGAAGAAGUCUUUAUGGGGCACUCUGCCGUUCUCAGUUACUAAAACUUCAAGUGACAUCUCUAAAAUACAUAGCAUAUCUGAUCUGUCUGGUGGUGAUAAUAAACCUGAAAAGGCUCUAAGAAGAUGUUCUGACGUUUCUUUACGGAAUUCAGAAGCUAAUGUCCAAGCACAGGCAUUGGACGAAUGCUCAGUGCGGGACCUGAUGCGAAAGAAGCGCUCCAAUCAAAAUGCCCUACAGAAGUGUCCACUCUUAGGGAUCGGUGAAGGCUUUCUGGAAAGAGUACAUGAAGGAGUUGGCACACCUUUGACUAAACAAUUGGAUUCGCAUAUACAGCCCAAUGAAAAUGAAGAACACAAUAAUAGUUCUGUUAGGCGUCUGGAUGCUAGUUUGCUGGUUCCAAAAAAACUAGAGAAUAGCCAGCCGGAUAUUGGAAAUCCUAUAGUAGUAGAUUCAGACAGCCCCAGUAUGCAACAUGCUUCCAACAGCGUCAAGCAGGUUCCAACAGGUUUCCAGUUUCAAUCCGAAACUAAGAACUGUGAAAAGUAUAAGUGCAGAGGUGAGACCUCAGAAGUCAUAGCUUCUGAGCUCUUCAAUUCCAUAACUGUUUCAUCUGCUAAGUGGCUGAAUAAGGAUACAACUCCGUCUAAUCAGAGACCAAACCAAAUGAAGGCUAAGGCUGUUGGUUCAAGUUGUCUGCGGGUUUCUCCUAUUGAGUCUAAGGAUGCAGGCCCAACGAAAGGUGGAACACCAAUGGGAAAUUCGUUUGAACAAUGUGCUGACAAGGUAAUUUCGAAGGAAAAGUUGGCAGAUACAACAUGCUUCUUGUCCGAGGCAGUUUGUUCUGCUCGCUCAAAACGUGGAAAUUUCGGUGUUUCUGCUCAUGGCAGCUCAGCAUUCACAGCUCUUAACAUUGAAACAAAGCCUACAGACUUAUAUAGAAUGACAGUUCGCAAGAAACCUCCUGUACCUGACUGGAAGGAUGGACCAUUGGAAAUUGCUUCGUUCUCGCUUGCUUUAUCUGGUGCUCCUUCUAUUGUCAAGGAGAAAAAAGAUGGGAUAUCAGUGGAUGAACUUCUUCCUUUCUUUGAAAAUAGUCAUCAGAACACGACAGGAGAUCAGUCUCAUAGGGAUAAGGAUGUUGAUCAAGAAGCUGCAGUAGGCGUCCCAGCUCACUUUCAGAAUGAUGGCUCAAUCUUGUAUCUUUUAACACCUGUCUUUUCACCACCUUCCCCAGAUGUUGUUUGUCGAUGGUUGAUGUGUAAGAGCGCAGGCUUUUCCGAGAAUAGUCCAAAAGCCAUUUCAGCUGUUGAUGCUAAUGAGCUUCUGAUUCAAUCUAAAUCUUCAUCUAAUUCAACCUCCUCACCCGCUCAAAUACGCGAAGAAACAACCGAGAACCUUGAUAUUGAAUGUCUUCCCCAUCAAGAGAAGCUUCAACAGUUAUCUCAGAGUGAAGGAAACAUGCGUGAUGCAUCUCAAAUAUCUGGACCAGAUGGUGGAGCAGGACCUACUCCUCUCAGUCAAAUUGGAUUUCGGGAUCCUGCUAGUAUUGGUGCUGGACAACAGCUGACAUUAUUAAGUCUGGAGGUUCAGGCUGAAUCCAGGGGAGAUCUCAGGCCAGAUCCUCGGUUUGAUGCAGUGAAUAUAGUAGUGCUUGCCUUUCAGGAUGACAAUGACUGUGCUUCGGAAGUUUACGUGCUUCUACGUAGUGAUUGUGAAUCGUCCCAGGGGCAUUCUGUUGGAAUACCUGCUCAUAAGGUCCUAGUGUUCUUUGAAGAGAAGCUUUUAUUUAAUCAACUUAUUAAUCUUGUCCGUAUGUUUGACCCUGAUGUUCUUAUGGGAUGGGAUAUUCAAAGUGGUUCUAUUGGUUUUUUGGCUGAGCGGGCUGCACAUCUUGGUCUGGGUUUUCUUAAGAGCAUUUCUCGCACACCAUUUCAAACAGAGCAAGAUGCAGAUACUGAAGCUGCUAAUAAAGGUCUUAUGGAUAUUGCACUCCACGAAUCUUCAACUGCAGACAAUGAAUUGAUGGGAGAUGCAGUAAUUGAGGAUGAGUGGGGCCGGACACAUGCCAGUGGUGUCCAUGUUGUUGGUAGGAUUGUACUUAAUGUAUGGCGACUGGUACGGAGUGAGGUCAAGCUCAAUAUGUACACGAUUGAAGCUGUAAGUGAAGCUGUUUUGAGGCGGAAGACUCCUUCUAUCUCAUUUAGAGUACUGACUAGAUGGUUUGCUAGUGGCCCCGGUGGAGGAAGGUAUAGAUGCAUUGAGUUUGUGAUGCAGAGAGCAAACUUGAAUUUCGAGAUUGUGGAACAACUUGAUAUGGUGAAUCGGACCUCAGAACUUGCACGUGUUUUUGGCAUUGACUUCUUUUCUGUCCUCUCUCGUGGUUCACAGUACCGUGUUGAGUCCAUGCUCCUCAGAUUGGCUCAUACACAAAAUUAUAUUGCCAUUUCUCCUGGGAGUCAGCAGGUUGCUUCUCAACCAGCCAUGGAGUGUCUCCCUCUUGUAAUGGAACCAGAAUCAGGGUUUUAUGCAGAUCCAGUGGUGGUCUUAGACUUCCAAUCUCUUUAUCCAUCCAUGAUAAUUGCUUAUAACCUUUGCUUCUGUACGUGUCUUGGAAAUGCCGAGCCUUCGAAGGCAGAUACCCUGGGGGUCACUUCAUUUUCACCAGAUCCAGAGAUUUUUCAGAAUUUGGUGAAUCAACUGCUUUGUACUCCUAAUAGUGUUAUGUAUGCACCUUCAGAGGUUCGGAAAGGAAUAUUACCCCGGUUAUUAGAGGAAAUACUAUCAACCAGGAUAAUGGUGAAGAAAGCGAUGAAGAAGUUGGGUCCCAAUCAACAAAUCCUUCACAGGAUAUUUAAUGCAAGACAACUUGCUCUCAAGUUGAUAGCAAACGUAACAUAUGGUUACACAGCUGCUGGAUUUAGUGGUCGCAUGCCUUGUGCCGAGCUUGCCGACAGCAUUGUCCAGUGUGGCCGUAGCACUCUGGAAAAGGCUAUUGCAUUAGUAAAUGCAAAUGAUAAUUGGAAGGCUAGAGUCGUAUAUGGUGAUACUGACAGCAUGUUCGUUCUUCUCAAGGGACGAACAGUCCCAGAGGCAUUCCGGAUUGGGAAUGAGAUAGCAGCGGCCGUGAGUGCUAUAAACCCAUACCCAGUAACCUUAAAAAUGGAGAAAGUAUAUCACCCUUGCUUCCUUCUCACCAAGAAGCGCUACGUCGGAUACAGCUAUGAGAGACCCGACCAGAGCGAGCCGAUCUUUGAUGCAAAAGGGAUUGAAACAGUUCGAAGAGACUCAUGUGCAGCUGUUUCCAAGCUCAUGGAGCGAUCCAUUAGGCACUUCUUUGAGCACCAAGACAUAUCUAAGGUUAAAGUAUAUCUAUAUCGUCAAUGGACCCGUAUCCUCUCUGGCAGAGUCUCCCUCCAAGACUUCAUCUUCGCCAAAGAGGUCCGAUUAGGCUCGUACAGUACUCGACCUUCUUCCUCCCUUCCACCCGCAGCCAUAGUAGCCACCAAGGCAAUGAGGUCGGACCCAAGAGCCGAGCCACGCUAUGCUGAGCGGGUCCCUUAUGUCGUGAUUCAUGGCCAGCCGGGUGGUCGCCUGGUUGACAUGGUGGUUGACCCACUUGACCUCCUGGCUCUUGGCUCCCCCUACCGACUGAACGACAUUUACUACAUUACGAAGCAGAUCAUCCCGGCCUUGCAGAGGGUGUUCGGGCUGGUUGGCGCAGAUUUGAACCGGUGGUUUGCCGAGAUGCCUCGUCCGGCUAGGGAAGCCUCAACCAAGCGACCAGUUUUUGGUUCAAGCAGUAACCCGCACAGGACCAGGAUCGACUAUUAUUAUCUGUCCCAGCAUUGCUUGAUCUGCGGGGAUUUGGUUCGUUCAUCAGCACACGUGUGUGGGAAGUGUAUGCAGGAUGAAGCUGCUGCGACGACUGCUGUCGUUGGGAGGACUUCAAAGCUGGAACGAGAGAUGCAUCACCUUGCUGCUAUAUGCCGGCAUUGUGGCGGAGGGGAUUGGGUAGUGGAGACUGGGGUUAAGUGCACAUCUCUGGCGUGUUCUGUGUUCUACGAGAGGAGGAAAGUUCAGAAGGAGCUUAUGGGACUCUCCGCCAUUGCAGCAGAGAAAGGUCUGUAUCCCAAGUGUAUGGUUGAGUGGUUUUGA